AUACAACACUUCACACGAUGGAUGCGAACACCGGCGGUGACCAGAUUCGCAGGCCAAGCAUGGCGUUGAGAAGCAAGGUGACGAUGAUGGCGGCGGUGGCGUUCACCGUCGCCGUUCUCUUGACCAUCUUCUUCCAUCUCUACCUCCGGCUCUACGCACUCCGUCGCCGGCGCCGCCCCUUCUUCUUCCGGCGGGCCGAGGCGCGGGGGCUCGAUCCCGAGGCGUUGAAGGCCAUCCCCGUCGUCGCGCAGUCGGAGCUCGAGACCUCCGCCGAGUGCGCCGUCUGUUUGAGCGAGAUCGCCGACGGUGAUAAGGCACGUGUGCUGCCGACCUGCCGCCACGUAUUCCACGUGGAUUGCGUCGACGUGUGGUUCUCUUCACAUGCCACGUGUCCUCUCUGCCGCUCCAUCGUGGCCGUUCCUUCGUCAUCAAUCUGAUCCGCCACGUGGCCCAUAUCUCCUACCUCUUUUAUUUUUUUUUCUUUAUCCAUAGGAGGGACUUUUUAAUGGAAAAAAAAAAUCUAUCAUUUACUAUAAAGUAUUUAUUUAUUUAUUUUUAAUAGAUAUUGACAAAUGGAAAGUGUUGGUAAAUGUGAAUAGUAAUGGAUGGAUAUCACUAGUCAAAAA